CGCCCCGCCUCUAUCCCACAUCUGCCCGAAGCCCCGUGAAGGGCGACGUAUGCGGUGCGCUUUUCAAAGGGCGUGUAACUUCCUGCAAGCCGGAGCACAAGCAGGUGCCGUGUUGUAGGAAGAGGGAUCCUUAUAGGGAUGAAGAUGCCGAUAUCAGUACCGCCGAUUCAUGAUCUAAAAAGACUUUAAUAUUUCCACACCGACAACAGACCGUCUUUUAUUAAAGCAGGGAGGCGGAGAAGCAGGAGCGGUUUCCACCAUGAAGGAGCAGCUGGUGAGCGCCAUCCAGCUGCAGGAGGUGGAUCUGCACGAUGGGAGCCGCAAUCGCAAAACGGAGGAGGUUAAAGAGAGGAAGACUUACACUGUGGAAGAAGCAGUUGAGACCAUCGGCUUCGGUCCGUUUCACAUCAUGCUGUUUGUGAUAAUGGGCAGCGCCAACAUUGUGGAGGCCAUGGAGAUCAUGCUUCUCGCUGUGGUGUCUCCAGAGAUCCGGUGUGAGUGGCACCUCCAGGACUGGCAGGUGGCCCUGGUGUCUACGAUCGUCUUCCUCGGCUACAUGGUGUGUGGAGUCCUCAGUGGAUACGUCGCUGACAGAUACGGCCGCUGGAAGGUCGUAAUUGGUGGCUUUGUCUGGUCGUCUUACUUCUCUCUCCUGACGUCAUUCGCUCCAUCCUAUGGCUGGUUCGUGUUCCUGCGCAGCAUGGUCGGCUGUGGUGUGGCGGGGACCUCGCAAGGGUUUGUCCUAAAAACAGAGUUCAUACCAGCCAAGUACAGGGCAUACUUACUGCCACUGGCUUCGAUCUUCUGGAUGGUGGGUUCCAUGCUCAUCAUCAUCCUGGGCAUGACGGUGGUCCCCAGCAUGGGCUGGCGCUGGAUGAUCCGGUUCUCCAUCCUUCCCAGCAUCAUCCUUAUUGGGCUCUUCAUGUUCAUCCCUGAAUCCGCCCGCUUCAACGUGUCCGCGGGGAACAUUCGGGGCGCCAUGGCUACGCUGCAGCGCAUCGCUCGGAUGAACAGUGCUUCGCUGCCAGAAGGGGACCUGAUGGAACCUGUCCAGUCUGAGAGAGGAAAUUGCUACAUCCUUGUGAGUCGUGCAUUCAGGAGGACGUCCCUGAUCCUGUGGUAUUCGUGGUUCGUAGCCUCCUUCUCCUACUAUGGCUCGGUCCUGAGCAGUUCGGAGCUACUGGAGAAGAACCUGCUGUGCAUCACCGACGCAGACCAGAAGCACAGCAUCAAGCAUGUGGAGGAUGAGUCCCUGUGUUACUGCAUCCCGUUCGCCAUGGAGGAUUACCAGACUUUGCUGAUCAGCUCCCUCGGAGAGGUGGCGCUUAUACCCCUGAACAUUGGCUUGCUGAAUGUGGUCGGUCGGAAAUACAGCAUGGUCAUCCUACAGCUGGCUUCUGUGGUCUUCUUCAUGCUGGUCAACAUCUGCACCACGAUGUUUGGGUUCACAACGCUGCUCUUCCUGCUGAGGUCUCUGGUCUCCAUGAACUUCAAUGUUGUUUACAUAUAUACCGCUGAGGUAUAUCCCACAGUGGUACGCUCCAUAGGGAUGGGCUUCUGCACCUCCUUCAGCCGGAUCGGAGGCAUGAUCGCACCAUUCAUUGCCCAGGUGCUGAUGUCGAAGUCUGUCGUGCUGGCAUUGACGCCCUUCGCCGUAACCUGCUUCCUGUGUGCACUGGGAACCGUCCUGCUGCCCAUUGAGACCCGCGGACGAGCCUUACUGCAAAAUUCAACAUGAUUUGUACUCAUCAUGGGUGGGACAUUGUAGCUUGGUAAUAAAGCACACGUGUACUUGACCUGUGAUUAAAUACUUUUUUUAAUGAUUAUUAUUAAUGAAGUCUCUGUUUUCUAAUCAAAUGACGGUUUUGCCAGAAUUGGGAAAAAUGUACACAUUUAAGAUUAACUUCGUUGAAAACAUAAUAUCUGUACCCAAUACUGAAUAAGAGUUUUGGAGGAUGGAUGGAUGGAUGGAUGGAUGGAUGGAUGGAUGGAUGGUGGAAAAACCAUAACCUACUAGAGUAGGUGGUUCAAAGUUUUUCGCUUCCAAAAAGUUGCCUCCCACCUGAUUUUUUUUUGUACCACCGGAGUCAACAAUAUGGUGAAGAAUAGAUCAGAAUGACUUUUGGAUGAAUAUUGAGGUUCAAUGCAAGCAAAGCUGCUCCUAUAUGUUAGAUAUAGAUAUAUAUGAGAUAUUUAGUAAACUGUUGUGGGCAACAAAAAUAAUGCAAUUCAAAAUGGCAGACGCAAUGAAUAGUUAAGUGUAUAAUUAAAAUUGAACAAAUAAGUAAUUUUUGAGGCUAAAGUAAAAUUAAAAACUAGCACUUAUUAGCUUUCCAUAAGUAAAAGUUGCAUGGUAAUAAAAGAACAUUGUGAUACUAUUUUGGUCAUAUUUUACAUUUUUGAAAGCAUCUAUUGAAAUUACUUUAGGAUUCAGUGAAUAGAUAUAACAGUGUUAUGAAUGAUCGCCUGCCAACUCAGAUAAGGCGAUACAUUUGUGUAAUUCACACUUGUUUUCCUUUCACUUGAAUUGAGCAUACCCCAAAUACCAACUUCUCAUAAUAAAUUACAACCAUUAGAGAAACGUAAAAGUGUAUCAAUUGGUGGGUGGGAGAAAAGGAAAUAGUUUUUUAAUGAAUUUUUGGAACACAGACACAGUUACACAAUUGCAACGUUUUUUUAACAGAAAACUGUAAAAUGUUUAAUAUUGUUAAUUUAAAAAUUUUUGUCUUGAA